AUGUUUGAUGCCAGUGGAAUUAAUGCUAUGAUUAUAUUCUCUCUUGUGAAUCCAGAUUGGAAAGAAAAUACUAAAAAUAAUCGUAAAACGUUUCUCAAAGAACUAAGUAAUUCAUUAAUUGAGCCACAUUUACGAGAGCGGGCACAAGUGACCACGCUGCGAUCAUAUCUUCGGCUUAGCAUUAGUGAAAUUCUAGGAAUGGAUGCGCCACAAAGACAGCAUCCAGCAACAGAUUUGCCAAGAAAGCUCCGGAGUGACAAACCGGAUUGUUGUUGGGAUGUAAAAAAAUCCCCGAGGCGAAAAUUUCGAAAUUGA